AUGUCCGACGUUCAAACGCGGCCUGCUGCCUCGCGCGGCAGGGGCUCUGGUCGCGGUGGCAGAGGCGGAUUUGCCAGCCGUGGAGGUCGCAACGGCGGCAGGACCAACGGCGCCGACAAGACUGAUUCGAAGUCCGAGGUCGACAACCCGAGCGCGUUUGACGAUGAGGGAGCGGUCGGCGAACUCAAGAAGCUAUACGGCGCCAAGACGCCUUUGAUUCAAGAGAUGUUCCCUGAGUGGUCUGAAGUCGACAUUCUGUUCGCUCUUCAGGAGACAGAUGGUGAUGAGACCGAGGCUGUCACGCGCAUUGCUGAAGGAACCAUCUCUCAAUGGGGCGAAGUUUCCAAGGUGAAGAAGGUCUCCCGUGCCAAGGCCAAGGAUUCGACCACUCCUGCCACUAACAUCGACUCAUCUGCUUCCAUCAGCAGGCCUGUACGUGGCGGUCGCAUCGUUUCAGAGGGUGGACGCGGCCGCGGCCGAGCCACCGAGCGAGGUGGGCGUGGUGGUCGGGGCAGGUCCUCACAACCGGCUCCUACGAACGGAGCUCGCCAGACAACAAAGGACAGCCAGCCUCUCUCGGUGCCCACCGAAGAGUCGCCCGCUUGGGGCUCCAAGACGGAUGAUUCUGUCAUCCAGCCCACCACCAUUGCCAUCGCUCCCAUUGAUGAAUCUCCUCAGGUUCCCGCCCCGCCUUCAAACGCUCCCAAGACUUGGGCCAGCAUGCUCCGCCAGGUUGCCGUUCCGAAGCCCUUCGCUCAACCUAAGGAAGCUCCCACCGUGAAGCCUUCCGAAUCCAUUGAACCUCUCCCUCCCGUCACCCACGCUGAACCCGAAACCGAGCCCGAGCCUACUCCCGAGGCUCAGCCCGAGCCCGAGAUCGCACCUGAAGCUCCCGCCGAAGCCAUUGAGGAGCCCAUCGCAGCUGAAGUACCUACCGUCAUUGAGCCUGAAGUGGCCCUACAGCCGUCCAAGGACCAACUGACUGAGACCAAUCUUGAACAGGUUGCUGAUGAUUCUCACCCUCCCGCGACCGCGACCGUUGCAAGCACCGCAGCUGAUUCGUGGGAUCCUCGCCUCAAUGCUGCCAGUGCCACCGCGACGCCUCUUUCUGCCGCACAGCAAGCGCACCAAGCCUCCCGCCCUCCGGCGACCCCCACCUCUAACAGCGGCUAUGCGACCUCGGCUCUAAAGGCGACUACUGAUCGCGCCACUCGUACUCCCAGCUUCCAGCGCAGAGUACUUGACCAGGAAGAGGCGGUCCGCAUGCCGGGCAAUCGCGAGGUCGACCGCACCGCCGUUCAGUUCGGUGCCUUCAACAUCGGCAGCGAGGAUGAUGUUGAUGGCGAUCGUGAGGAACCUGAAACACGCGCUCAGCCCCCCGCAGAGUCCCCUAUCGCCCAACCCCGAACCUCUCUCCCACCUGCUGCCCCCCAGGCCGCCGUGCCCGAGGCCUUCAGCAACCAGAAGACGCAGGCGGCCCCUGCCCCUUCCGUCGCCCCCUCAGCUACGCCCGCUACCGCCCCUGCGGCCCAGCCCACCUCUGGGAUUCAGCCUCCUCCUGGCGUUGGACAGCCUCAGGGACAGUAUUCCCAGUACGGCCAGCCUGGCUCACAGGAUGCGUCAUCUUUCCCCCAGAAGUCGGUCGAUCCCUUCUCGCAACAAACCAACACUGCUUCUACUCCCAACCGUCUGGACGGCUUCCCAAGCCAGCAAACGCAACAGGCUCAACAGCCUGGUGGCGCAUUUAGCUCCGCGCCCAGCGAGUAUUCCUCCUACUACACCUCCGACCAACAGGGACGCGGCCCCUAUAGCUAUUACGGUCAGCCUUACGGCCAACAGAGUGGCCAAGGCCACCAGGAAGGCGUCGCCGGUCAGCAGCGAUCCUUCAGCGGCUACAACACGUCGCAGGCCGAGAACAUCAGCCAGUACCCCCAGAGCGCCGGUCUUCACAACCAGUCUCGCUACGAACUACCCCUAUGUGGUGGUAACGGCAACCACCCCUACUACAACAACCCUUACUACUCCAACUACAUGGGCUACGGCGGACACUUUGGCCAGGGUGGCUACGGAGGUGGCCCCUACGGCAAGGCUGGCAUGUAUGGACAGCCGUAUGGUAUGUCUCCUCAGGGCCCCUAUGAACAUGCCUCGUCUCCCGCCAGCGGAUUCGCCCAAUCAUCUCUCCACCGUGGCGACAGCGGCCUGGGCGGCUCUAGUCUUGGUGGUGACUAUGGUGCCCGCGCUGGCUCUGCGCAGUCUGGCAACCCUGGUAGCCUUGGCGGCAGUGGUUUUGGAGGUAUCCAGGACUCUUUCGGUCGUAGCGGCUCGUCUUUCCCCACUCAGUCUUCUGGCCAGGGCUACAACGCCUCCGCUCAGCCGUCGACUGGCGCAUCUACCGGCGACGACCUGAAGCCAUACGGUGAAACCAAGGCCGGAGCGGGCCCUUCGCCCUCUCUUGGCGGUGCUCGCCCUGGCUCUGCCACGCAGAACACGUCCAGCCAGUCUGGCCUACCCCCCCCUCAAUCUGCCUCGCAAAUGGGUGGAUACGGCGGCUAUCCUAGCCACGCGCAAGGCCAUGGUCUCCACGGCGGAAGCGGAUACGGUAUGGGCGGUAGCGGACAGCAUGCUAACAACGGCUUCGGCUCCUACGGUCAGGCCUAUGGCUCGUACGGGGCCCAGGCUUAUGGCAGCGGCGGCCAGCAGCAACAGCAGCAACAGCAGCAGCGCGGCUGGGGCGGCAACUACCAUUAG